AUGGUCCGGCAAUCAACUCGGAAGUCAGCGCAGGCUAGAACAUCAGCAGCCGCGUCAAUCGCUCUGGUAGAGCGGGAAGCCGUGGUCGAAUCCAAGAUUGAAGUAACCAGGAGGAAAACCUCGAAGCGCAAAUCUCAGCCUGACGGCGACGAACAUACUGAAAACAUCAACCCGGCCGAGGACGGUGAAGAAGCAGCAGGCGAAACCAAGAAACCCACCGCCAAGAAACGGAAAACCGCCUCGAAGAAGGACGCCGGAGAUACCAUGCCACUCUCUGCCCGGACAGCCAUCUCCUCGCUCAAGAGGGCAAUGUACAUUGGCGCACACGUCUCCGGCGCCGGCGGGGUUCAGAACACCAUUCAAAACGCUACCCACAUCGGCGCCAAUGCGUUUGCUCUCUUCCUCAAGUCACAGCGCAAAUGGGCUAGCCCACCCCUCGCCGACGAAGCCAAGACUCAAUUCCAUGCCAUGCUCAAACAGCACAACUACGAUUCCCACAAACACAUUCUCCCGCACGGCUCGUACCUCGUCAACCUCGCCCAGGCCGACGCCGCCAAAGCGACCCAAGCCUACGACAGCUUCGUCGACGACCUGCAGCGGUGCGAGGCGCUGGGCAUCCGCCUCUACAACUUCCACCCCGGCUCGACCGGCGGCGCGGCCAUGGAGUCGGCGUGCGCGCGCAUCGCCGCCCAGCUGAACAAGGCGCACCGGGCCACCUCGUCGGUCGUGACGCUGCUCGAGAACAUGUGCGGCAGCGGCAACGUCGUCGGCUCCCGCUUCGAAGAGCUGCGCGACAUCAUCGCCCUGGUGGAAGACAAGUCGCGCGUGGGCGUGUGCCUCGACACGUGCCACGCGUUUGCCGCCGGGUACGACCUGCGGACGCCCCAGGCGUUCGCCGACACCAUGGCCGAGUUCGAGAGGGUCGUGGGGAUCAAAUAUCUACGCGCGUUCCACCUGAACGACAGCAAGGCGCCGUUUGGCUCGCACCGGGACUUGCAUGCCAACAUCGGCACAGGCUGCUUGGGCCUGAAAGCGUUUCACAACAUCAUGAACCACGAGCCAUUGCAGGGGCUCCCAAUGGUGCUCGAGACGCCGAUCGAGGAGAAGGGGCCGGAUGGCAAGAUGGUGGAGAACAAGCAGAUCUGGGCGGACGAGAUCAAGCUACUUGAAAGCCUGAUCGGGAUGGAUGUUGAGAGCGCCGAGUUCAAGGAGAAAGCAGAGGCGCUGCAGGCCAAGGGCGCCUCCGAGAGGCAGAAGAUCCAGGAUCAGGUCGACAAAAAGGCGGAAAAGGAUGCCAAGAAGGGGACGAAGAAGGCAAAAGGGAAAAGGAAGAAGAAGGACGAGGAUUCGUGUGACUCUUGCGGGGACAGCGAUUAG